AUGUUCUUCUACGAGUUCAAGAAUUUCUUCUCAAAGUAUGGAAAGGUAGUGGAACACGAGAUCAUAAGAGACAAUGUCACUAAACGCUCUCGGGGCUUUGGAUUUGUUGUAUUUGACAACGAACAAGUUGUUGAUACUAUUCUGGCCAAUGGAAAUAUGAUUGAUAUGGAAGGCUCACAGAUGAGGGAGCAGAAACGGGCUGCUCUUUUGAAAGAAAAAAGGGCCUCUAGUGGAUUGACAAUCCCUCCCCGUGUCAUUGUCAAAAGGAUAAAUUUUACCGAGGGGAAGAUCUGAUUCUAGAAGUAAGGAAUUUGCAACUUAAUUUUUGAAAUAGGCCCAAAAUUGAAAUCUUGUUGGAAAUUUUUUAUUUUUUUAUUUUUUGUAAGAGCAUUUAAAUAUUCAAUGUGCUUAUUGGUGAAUUUUAGAUUUUAUUUUAUUUUAUUUUUUUUUUUAGGAUUGGGGUGGAUUUUAUAA